CACCGGAACUUCCUGAAUGGAUUUAUUUUAAUUGCAUCCUCGCUUAUCAGUGAUAAGACCAUAAAAAAACUUUAUUCAUAGUCUUUACUGUUCUCGUGGUGCCCACUGUUUUUUUUUUUAUCUUGUAUCAUUUGUGUCUGUGUGUCCUUGAUAAGCCAAAUAAUUAACUACAUUAAACAUGUUAGCUCCAAGCUAGCUAGCAUCAGAUGCACCAACCUGCCAACAAGUUUGUGCUCAACUCGGACUCUGACUGAACUCAGAACUCAUCAGAAACUUUUUUCUACGCUCUUUUGGUUAUUUCCCUCCAGCCUCUUUCCUUUUCUCCUCCAAUCUCUGGAUGUUUAGGAAGCAGAUCAAUAAAUCCCAGGAUAAGCAUGGAGUUAGAAAUACUGACGAACAGGAACACCAUGUAUGAGCAAAGAUAGACUGCCAGAUAAAAUGUUGCCAUUUUAUUUUUCAUACAUUUCUGCAAACCAUGAAUAGGUUCAGAUUAGCACGUGUCAUAUCACAUUCGGUAGGACUCUUAUGUUGAAAGGUGGAGGGGUGGUGGUGGCAUUACAGCUAGGCAAGAAGGCUGCCAAGCCAGUGACUGCUGUUCAAGACUGUGUUUCAACAGGUGACACCACUGGAUGUUUUUAACGAGACGCUGGGACAUUUUCCGGCUGUAUUUGUGGUGACAAUACAAGACAUAUUAAACCAGAUAUUGGGACGUUUACAGCCACUUUUGCAACAACAAAAAAAAUCCCAUUUUGUGGUGGGAAAUCUGAUAUAUUUCAGUAAGAUAUUGGGACAAUUUCCAGCCCUGUUUGAUGCAAGAAAAUUGGAUAUUUUUCAAGAUAUGGCACAUUUUCCAGCCAUUUCUGGGGCCAUGGCCAUUAAAACAUGCUCUUGGUGUGAACCGAGAAACAUUGUGUCUCUGUGAAGCAACAGCAUGGCCUGUAAAUGUUGCCAGUGGUGGUUGUGGCCUGUUCAUCAGAACUAGACAGGAAGACAAGGUUGCAUCUCAACAGCAGUGAGUGAGUGUGUGUGGUUUUUGAAGUUUAUUUGUAGAGAUAUCACGCAGUCGAAGACGUCGUAAGCACAUGUGAUUUUGCUGCCAUCCGUCUACUGUGAAUGCAGAGUAGACGGAAGCAGUCCAGUCACCAGUCUCUCUAUCAGACCUACCCAGACACACAGGGAAACACUGCAGGUUCAUCUCGUUUAGAUCAGCCAGAAAAACGAGUAACCAAGGAUUUGUAGAAAUGACCUCAUCUCUCAACCAGUCGACAGUUACAAACCAGACAGCAGUCGACAGUUGUGUUGACGUCGACACCUCGGCAGACCCCUUCUUCAUGGUCAUCUACAGUCUGGUGUUUCUGGCCGGUUUCUCCCUCAACGCCUUCAUCAUCAAGUUUUACUUCUGCCGAGCUCAUCGUAAGGCAUCCAGCAGCAUGACAGUUUACCUGAAGAACUUGGCGGCCGCUGACUUCCUGCUAUGCCUCUGUCUUCCCAUCCGCAUCACCAAAUAUGUUAGCAAAACGUUGACCACCCGCCUGGUCUUCUGCAACUUUGGAUUCUCUGCCUUUUUCCUCAACAUGUAUGCCAGCAUCCUGUUCAUGGGAUACAUCGCUGCUAACAGGUAUCUGAAGAUCGUCCAUGGAUCUGCAGCACCUCACAUCCUGCAGACGGUGCGGGCUGCACGUAUCAUCUCCACUGUCUCCUGGGUUUUCCUCCUGGCCCUGAUGAGCACCUACAUCGUCAUGUUAUUCCACAGCCUAAAACACUUGACCUCUGCCCCAGUAAGCUGUAAAGCACUUCACAGUGACCAGCUUGCUGUGCUCUACACAAUCAUAGACACUUUCUCCACCGUCAGCUUCCUGUUUGUCCUGGUCUCCUUGAUCUUCUUCUAUUAUAACACCUCCCGCAGGGUGUCAGAGGCGCGGCAGAGGCAGCCGACGUCCUCCAGCUCCAAGAAGCUUGCAAAGUCACACAGAAACAUGUUGGUGCUGGUCUGUGUCUUCUGUGUCUGCUUCGUCCCUUUCCACAUGUUUCGCCUUAUCGACAUAUUCCUUUGGAAGAAUUGUUCUAUGAGGACGGUUUCUUAUUACCUGAUGGAGGUGACGGUCAUGGUUUCAACUCUGAACGUCUGCCUGGACCCACUCAUCUACUUCAUCUUCUGCAAGGCGUUCAGGGCCCAGCUUAGCCGGAGAGGGGAGGCUAGAAACGGAUAAUUACUGUACAUAACAUUUAAUUUGCCAGGAAUGUAAU